AUGGGGGACUCGUUAAGACCCAAGGACUUUCGAGAGUUAGUUCAGAGAGUGACGACGAGGUGUCGAGAUAUGUGCAGCCAGCAUGCGGCGGAGCUUUCGGGCGAGCAAGAUAAGUCUUCGAACGUUAUACCUAAGGCAGCGCAGAUCGAGCUGAAGCAGCUCUCGUCCCGCCUAACUUCUGCCGUAGACUCCGUCGCUUCUGUUACGAAAGAUCAAGGUCUACAGGAAACAGCGUUUCCGGGCCCCGACGACAACCAGCUUUUAGUGUUAUCCAAGGCGCAGGCGGAGGCUCUUGAGUCGGAAAUAAAGGAGCUGGCUGUAUUAGUAAAGCAGCGACGGACUAAGAUGCUGGAGAAAGUCCGAAAUAAACUGGGAGUUAAGCUAGAGCGAUUGAAGAAGUCACAGAAGAUGUAUGGUGCUGCAGCUGCGAAAUGUACACGAG